UACAAGCUUCCUUAAGAUAACAAAGCUCAAACUACGACAUCAGUGUCAAAGAUAAGAAUAGCUAUGCUACUAUUUUGGUUUCCAGAGAGUGUGGGGGGCAUGGGAGUGAACCUGAGGUUCACUUGAGGAACCCUGAUUUUAAAGCAUCGUCCACAAAACCUAUCCGUUUUAGACGAAGAUGCAGGGAUUACGAUAUUUGCUCCUCCUGAUGUGCAUCAAUUUUGCUACUUCGGUUGGGCUUUGCGAGGGGAAAUCAUUAGGAGAAUUCGCCAGCUUGGAGGAUGCAAUGUUCAUUCAAGCAGAAGAGCAAAACAUUGAGGAACAAGAUGACUUUAACUCCAAAUUGGAGAACUAUCUGGGCGUCAUGAAGGAAGAUUUUUUGAGGAAGCUGAAUUUAUCCGGCGUGCCGCAAGAACACCGAAAAGUUCAGCCUCCUCAGUUCAUGAUCGAACUCUAUAAUAAAUAUGCUUCUGACAAGACUUCCAGCCCUCGGUCGGAUGUCAUCCGAAGCUUCGUCAUACAGGAUGUUAUUUAUUCCAUCAGACAGGGCAACAAAACACAACACAGGCUGCUAUUCAACAUUUCCAUCCCAAAUCAUGAAGAGAUCACAUCAGUCCAGCUGAGGCUCUUCACUCUCUGGGAAAUAGGGAAAACCACCUGCGCUGACCUUUUCGCAUCCAUCAACGUUUAUGAUGUAGAUUAUGAGCGGAGCGCAAACAUUUUAAAUCUUUUGGACGGAAGACACGUAAGUGAGGGCAAAAACACAUGGGAGGCUUUCGACGUGACCAGGGCUGUCAGGAGCUGGCACGAAUCUGGACGUGGGGCCGGCGAACUUGAAGUGGAAAUCGAACAAGACUGCGAAUCCCUCGACGUAAGCCUGGGUUUAGACGACAACAGCUCGGCAGUCAUCAUAGUUUUUUCCGAUGAUCUCGGGAACAGAAAGGAAGAGUCGAUGACAGAGGUUAAGGAGAUGCUUCUUCAUGAGAAGGAGCGGAUAUUUCUGGACGAUUACGCUCCUGUGAACACGCACCCUAGGAAAAAGAGGAAAGCGUCAAACAAUUACUGUCGGCGAACUUCUCUCAAGGUGAACUUCAAAGACAUCGGAUGGGACAAGUGGAUCGUGGCCCCGCCCGAAUACGAUGCUUACGAGUGCAAAGGCGCGUGUUACUUCCCCCUGACGGAUGAUGUAACUCCCUCCAAACAUGCAAUCAUACAAACUCUGGUUAACCUGAGCAAUCCGAAAAAGGCAAACAUGGCCUGUUGCGUCCCAACCAAGCUGGAUCCAAUUGCAGUCAUGUACCAAGAAAAGGGCGUCAUUACGGUUCGACACCUCUAUGAGGAGAUGAAAGUAGCAAAGUGUGGCUGUAGGUAGUUUUGCCUGCUUGCCAUGCACCUGUAGAAAACAUCUUUGCCAGAGCAUUUGUGUUAUCAUUCCCGUUUCUGAAAUAAAGGUGUUAAAAAGGAAGAGUUUGUCGUUUGGGAUCCCCAAAGAACCUUUCAGUGAACAGUUCCGUGAAGAACGGAACUUUAACAUCCAUGGAAGCUUUCCAGUGCACAAAAAGAUUUCGUCAGAUCUUCUUCACAAUAAAAAUGGUUCUUUUCAGAACUGAUCACUGAAAGGUUCUUUUGUGAACCAGAAACAGUUUUUAAAAUAAAGGUUCUAAAGAUGUUUUCCCACAGUUAUGCCAUGGAAGGAGUGGAUAAAGUAACUUUUGUGGGAUGGAAAUGUUCCAUGGAUGUCAAAGUUUCUUCACGGAACCCUAGAUGACAAUAAAGUUAAGAUUAAGCAAAAUCUAAAAUUAAGAGGUUUUGGUUAAAUUCAGCUUCCCUAACUUGAUUAAACUGGUAUUCAGUUUUGGGAAAAAUUACUUUUAAUAAAUAAUGCAUUGCAAUAUUGCAUUACCCCCUAAAAACAUAACUAAUUAUGUUACCUAAUUUCUUUUUUAUUGAAAGUAAUGCAUUGCAUUACUUUUGCGUUAUUUUAAAAAUCUGGCCAGGGCUUGCUUGUUUGUUUUUAAUAUAAAAAGUUCUGUUUUUGGCAAAUAUAAAAGUCCUUUCACACCAAAAGUAAGUUCAAGUUUGCACAGUAGAAUGCAGAAGAAGAAAGUUCAACAAGUUCUGCAAUAAAAAAAAAAAAAAACAAAAAACCAAUGUUAGUUUAUCUUGAGUAAUUUUUGCUUGUUAUGGUUGAACUGGAUCACAUUUUGCAUCAGUUGCAUUUCACUAUUUUUAUUCAUUUUAAAGAAUGCUGAAUCAGAAUUAAUGCAGAUGAAUUAAUGCAUGUUCACUUUUAUUCUAGAACUAAAGUGACAUCUUUAUUCCUGAUUUCUCUGAACAUGGGGACAGGAAUGCUUUCGAUCAAUAAAUGGGUAAAAAGUAACUGGAGUUACUUAUUUCAAGAUAUUUUCUUGUAAAUUAAAAAGUAAUGCAUUACUUUGCUAGUUACUUGAAAAAAGUAAAAUCAGUACGUAACUUGUGUUACUUGUAAUGAGUUACCCCCAACACUGCUGGUAUUGUGUUUUCAUUUUAUUUCAACCAAUUGAGGAUUUGACAGCAUCUGGGAUACAAACCAAAACAUUAGGGGUGAUAUUCCCUCCUAAGCAUUUUUGUACAGAAACAUUUUAAUGCAAAAACACUCUCCACAAGUAUGCAAAAACAGAUGUGAAUGCUUGUGUUGUACAUAGUAGCAAGAAACCUCAAGAGGGCGACAGAGUAACAGCCCAAGUGCUUUUGCCAUUAAACAGGAUGUGGUUUGUUCAGGUACACUGCUAUAAAUAUGUUUGUAAGACUGAACAUGCUCAGCAAAAUUGCAAUGAAAGUAGUAGAAGGAGCUAACAGUGCUGUCACUUAUAUACUUAGAGUUUGAUUUCAGGUCCACAUCUGUGCUAAAAUUACAUCUAGGGUCAUGAAUGUUCAUAAUGAGAAUUAGGUAGGGCCAAUGCCCCUGUUCUCUCACUCCUAAACUGGCUUAUACUGGAUUGUUCCAGACAAGAUUUUUUAGGGAAUUGCUUGUAUAAUUUACGCAUUUACGCAAUACCUCUCACUAGUUCCAAACCAAAACAAUCAGGGCUUGAGCCCAAAAACACUGCCCCUAGUGAAUCCCAUGGAUAUAACUUAGAAUUGGACUUGUUUAUACAUACUGUGCUUACAUACAUUUUCCAUCUAUUUAAUUUUUUUUUUCUUUUUUUAAUUUAUAUUUCUUUCUCACAAAAAAGAAAUCUGUAUAUAAUCCAUUGUAUUUCCAGCAUAUAUAUAUACGUACAAAUGUUUAGUUUUACAAUGGUUAUUUUAUUGAUUGUUAAAUUGCUUUAUAUUUUAUCAAUAAAAUGCAUCAAAGUCC